UUUUCUCUCUCUAGGGGAAGUACGUUACCAAUUCUGCGCCUGCGCAGAGGCAGCUAAUCUGACAGCUUCCUCUUCGUCUAUUGCUCGGAGGGAAGUGAUCAAUGGCGGCGGCCUCGGGAGCUGCAGGAGGGGGCAGGGGCAGGGCAUUGGAGACGCUGCGGACCCUGCCCCGGGUCAGCCUCGCCAACCUACGACCCAACGAUGGCGCCCGGCAGCCGGAGAAAAGACGUGGCCGUGGAAGGUAUGGAGGUAAAAAAAGUGGACGCGGUCAUAAAGGAGAAAGACAGAGAGGGACCCGCCCACGAUUAGGAUUUGAAGGUGGCCAGACUCCAUUUUAUCUGGUUAUUCCAAAAUAUGGCUACAAUGAAAAUCACAGCUUGAGGCGUCAGUAUCCACCCCUCACUCUCAGAAGGCUACAGUACUUGAUUGACUUAGGUAGAGUUGACCCUACACAACCCAUUGAUUUAACACAAUUGACAAAUGCCAGAGGUGUACUGAUGCAGGUAUCUAAAAGACAUUAUGGCAUCAAUCUCGUGGAGGAGGGAGCUGAUCACUUUGCAGCAAAAAUAAAUAUUGAAGUACAGAUUGCAUCUGAACUAGCCAUUGCUGCUAUUGAAAGAAAUGGUGGAGUUGUCACAACAGCUUUCUAUGAUCCAAGGAGUUUGGAAAUCCUCUGCAAGCCCGUGCCAUUUUUUCAACGAGGCCAGCCUAUUCCAAAACGAAUGCUCCCACCAGAAGAGCUUGUCCGUUACUAUACAGAUCCUAAGAACCGUGGGUACUUGGCUGAUCCGUCAAAGGUUGCAGAAGCAAGGCUGGAACUUGCUAAAAAGUAUGGUUAUGUCCUGCCAGACAUUACAAGAGAUGAACUUUUCCAAAUGCUGAGCUCACGGAAAGACCCCAGGCAGAUCUUCUUUGGUCUUGCUCCAGGCUGGGUUGUAAACAUGGCAGAAAAGAAAAUUCUGAAGCCUACUGAUGAGAGGUUGCUGAAAUAUUACAGCUCGUGAAUACUUAGAUUGGAAGCAUUUACCUCUUGGUUAUUACAGAAAUGCACAUUAUAAUUACUUGCUAGAAAAUAAAUGCGUAUAAAAUGUCAAAA